GCUUGCUCAGUCGCAGUGCACACAGCCAGUCUACAGCAUCCCUACCAGGCUGCCUCUCACACACUCUCCAUUCAGCUCCCUCAUCCACACACCCAGAAAGCAGAGAGACCAGCCGCUUACUCACUGAGCCAGAGUUAAGAGGAAAAGAGAACGCAGAGAGGAAGAGACAGUUAAGUGAUAUACGUACAUAAGAGAAGAUGAGGAUGCCUGUGACCCAGCAGCGCCCCCUGUACCUCCUCCUGCUUCUGCUGAGUGCCGGGGGUGGGGGUCUCUCCUCCCCCCUUGAUCUGGAGCCCCCUGCUCCGGAGGCGGCUGCCCCGGCUGAGGCUGACCCCACCCAGGCCACUCCCCUGCCUGACCCCUGCGAGGGACGGCCCUGUCUCAACGGAGGCGCCUGCGAGGCCCAGCCCUCUGACCUGGAGACAGAGGACACUCUGCCCAACACCUGGGCUUACAGCUGCACCUGCACCUCCGGCUUCACCGGACGCAACUGUGAGUUUUUCACAGACCCCUGUGGCAGCAGCCCCUGUUUCCAUGGCAACUGUAGCCGCAGUGGCGAGGGCGAUGUGUACACCUGCGAGUGCAGCGAGGGGUACGAGGGGGAGAAGUGUGAGCAAGCCACCUUGGACCCCUUGGACCUGCUGCCUGUCUCCAAUUGGGACCCUGCCACACCCCCUGCCCCCGAACAGGCCACACCCGCCACGCCCACAACCGCCACUCAGCCCUCCCAGACAACCACGGUGUCCACCACAACGCAGGCCCCUCCCACGCUGCAGCCGUGGCAGCCUAAGGCUGGACAGAGACUCUUGGUGGUGCAGUGGGAGAAACAACAGGUGACGGAGGGACUGCACUGUGUGAGUCCUGAGCUGUGUGAGCUGACCUCUGGAACUCUGACUCUCUCUCUAGAGGUGCCUGAGGAGACUGCCAUCAAGAUUGUGGUGAAUGUGAGCGGAGCUCCCGUCCUGUGGCGUGUUGGAGAGGAUGGCUUCCAGCAUUCCUCCUUGGUGGAGGGGACCAUCAUGUGGUUCCAGCAGGCCUCUGAUGGACUGGUGGUCCCUGACCACUCCCUCCCCCUGGGACACAAUUACUACCUCAGUGUGUUGCGCGUGGGGGACGCCCCCAGUGGCUCGGAGGUCACCCUGCGUCUCAAUCUGACAGUGAAGGCCAGCAGCUGUGUGGAGCCUGGCAGCCGCUUCAGCGACCCACAAUGCUCUGGGAAGGGGAAGUGCAUCACUCAGCCCUCUGUGAGCACCUUCUUCUGUGAGUGUGAGGAUGGGUACUCUGGGAUCUUCUGUGAGGAGUUUGAUGCCUGCCAUCUCAGGCCAUGCCAGAACUACGCCAUCUGUAGUGACCUGAGGCAGGGGGACGAGGGCCGCAACUUCACUUGUAUCUGCCCUCCAGGGUUCGAGGGUGAUCUUUGCCAGUUGCAGGUGGACCACUGCCUGUCUCAGCCCUGCAGGAACGGGGCUACCUGCUCCAGCAGCCUGGCCGGACCCAGGUGCUACUGCUCUGAGGGUAGGUAUCAGGGCAGUAUGUGUGAUCAGAGGGUGGACCCAUGUGCCUCCAGCCCCUGCCACAACAACGGGAGCUGCUUCCCCCAGGGUCCCGGCCUGGACUUCGGCUGCAGCUGUGCCGCCGGCUUCACCGGCCCGACCUGUGCCCAGCUGGUGGACUUCUGUGCCCUCAACCCCUGUGCCCACGGGAUCUGCCGCAGUGUGGGGACCAGCUACAGGUGUCUGUGUGUCCCAGGGUACCAUGGUCUGUACUGUGAGGAGGAAUACAACGAGUGUCUGUCAGCCCCCUGCCAGAACUACGCUACCUGCAGAGACCUCAUCAAUGCUUACGAAUGUGUCUGCACUCCUCAGUAUGAAGGCAGACACUGUGAGAUCUACACGGAUCCUUGUCUGACGGCUCACUGUCAGAAUGGUGGACGCUGUGAGAGUGUGGGCCUCAACGCCACCUGUGUCUGCCCACCUGGUUACCUGGGGGAGGCCUGUGAGGUUGAUGUUAACGAGUGUGAGAGCAGCCCCUGUCAUCACGGAGGAACCUGCAUCGACCAAUCAAAUGCUUACACCUGCCACUGCCCCCCAGGCUGGAUAGGGGCCAGCUGUGAGAUACACUUGCAGUGGAAGACGGCCCACCCCGAGGACACCCUGACCAACAUGCCGCGUCACUCCCUCUACAUCAUCAUCGGCGCCCUGUGCGUGGCCUUCGUCCUCAUGCUCAUCAUCCUCAUCGUGGGCAUCUGCCGCAUCAGCCGCAUCGAGUACCAGGGCUCGUCUCGCCAUGCCUACCAGGAGUUUUACAACUGCCGCAGCAUCGACAGCGAGUUCAGCAACGCCAUCGCCUCCAUCCGCCACGCCAGAUUUGGGAAGAAGUCCCGGCCGGCCAUGUACGACGCCGCACCCAUCUCCUACGAGGACUACAGCCCUGAUGACAAGCCCCUGGUCACUCUGAUCAAAACAAAAGAUUUGUAGAAAACACACCCACACACAGUAUCACACAUCACCUGUUCACACAUACAACUGCACAUGUUCGGAUGUGCACCAAUACACACAAACUCAGUCAAUGCAGACCAUUUAGUAUUUCUUUAGAUACAAAUUUACAAAAUAAAUGUGAACAAAACAAUAGUUCUGCGGGAAGAAAAAUACAAAUCUGGAAUUUGAUAAAUCUAUUUUACGGUUGGAAUAUCCAUAAAGAUACUGUAGCAUAAGAGCGUACCUUGCAUAAUUUUAGUAGGUGUUGGGUGACAUUGCCAUGUUGGUUGCUUCUUCUCUCCAGUAGAAUGUGACUACAUUACCCAGGAUGCCAUUGGGGUCCUAGAGGGGGCGGUUCCUGACAUCCCCCACCAACCCAUGAGCUCAGUUUAAAGUGUAGAUUCAGCAGAGGCUGCUGAUAGGAGUUCUUACAGGUGUGGUAGAAAUAGGUGCACUUGUCAUAGUGCAGUACGAUAUAUAUAUCUUUCUAUAUUAAAAAUCUGCAGUAGGUUGCCUUACUUGGUGCAUGGGUAGAUUCGAUGGUUUCUGCAUAAUUUUGAAACCCUCCGUACAUUGUGGUUGAUUUACUGUAUCUUUGCCAGGUUUGUGCCAAAAUCGUCUCCUUCUUCAGGCGACAACGUGUGGUAGAGGUAGAACACGUAUAAAACCACUUUGGGGGAAGCUUUAAAACAGUGUUUAAAAAAAACAUUGGUUAUCAUGUUUUUGUUAUUUACAUGCAAGUUCUGUACAAAUAAAGGAGGAGUAAUAAUUGUAUUCACAGUGUUGUAUGGUUUCCCUAUUAUGAGGACAGUGUUUUUCGCAGGAGUGGUCGGAGUAGCCAGUGGGCGGGUCUUGUGUGGAGGAUGACUGACAGGUGGGGUGGGCGGGUCUUGUGUGGAUGAUUGACAGGUGGGGUUUAGCUGGUGGGUCUGCUCCAGUAAUAUAUGUGCUUCUGUGUCCCAGGUAUAGGUGUCUCUCUCUGUCUGUGUGCGGUUGUGUUGUUCCACUCAGGGUCAACCCCUGGGUGCAUUGGUUUUUGGGCGCUGGAUGGGCGGCACAUUUUAGACCAUUCCAUUGGUUCUUUAGUGAAAUCUCCGCCCCCCCGGAGCAUCGAGUGAGCUCUCCACUUGACUGAAUUUUGGCCUACUAGGGUCAUUGUCCUUUUUUAAAUGAGAAGAACCACAUUAUUAUUAUCUAUGUUCAAUGAUGUAACAAUAAAGGUUUAAGUGAACACAAA